AUGCAAGGCUAUGGAGGAAACUUGAGUAAAGCGUAUCUGAAAGCUAAUAUGUUUGCCGGAGAGUCCAUUAGCAACAUUCGAACCGUCGCCUUUUGUGCCGAGGAUAAGGUUCUAGAUCUUUAUUCCAAAGAGCUUUUAGAACCUUCCAAACGUUCUUUCAGGCGUGAACAAAUUGCAGGGAUUUUGUACGGUGUUUCGCAGUACGGAUCGAUUUUGAUGGGGAAAGGAUUGUCAAGUUUCGAAUCAGUGAUGAAAACAUUCAUGGUUUUGAUUGUAACGGCAUUAGUGAUGGGUGAAGUGUUGGCUCUAGCCCCUGAUCUUCUUAAAGAAAACCAGAUGGUUGCAUCGGUUUUCGAGCUCUUGGACCGAAGAACUCAGGUCAUCGGGGAUACCGGUGAGGAGCUGAGUACUGUAGAAGGGAAAAUUGAGUUCAAAGGUGUCCAUUUCAGCUAUCCUUCACGCCCCUAUGUGUCUAUUUUCCGCGAUUUCGACAUGAAAAUUCCUUCCGGAAAAAGCAUGGCCCUCUGUGGGACAAAGCGGGUCUGGGAAAAGUUCGGUCCUUUCGCUCAUUCUCCGAUUCUACGACCCUACAACCGGGGAAAUCAUGAUAGACGGUGCGUGCUAGCUCUUGACUUAAUUUCUUCAAUCACAAGAAACUCUGAUCAGGUUUCUUGCACCACAAGAAAUUUGUUAUUUAUUGAGUAA